UUAUCGCUGCAGACACCAGCCUGCUUCUUGUGCUCAGGAUACACACGCACGCACACGCGCACACACACUCAAUCAUAUCGCAAGCUGGAGUCAGACUGAGGAAACCCAACGUGAGGGAAGGAAGCGUUCAAGUCAGUGGGAAAGCAGAGUUCUCCUCAAGUCGGCACAGUUCUUCGACUCCGUGCGGCCUGAGGGAGCGACGUGGAUGAGACACGAGAAGUUUACUUUGAUCAUUCACGACGACGAGGGGAAUAUUUGACCUUCACCUACGUAGGCACCUCCACCACCUCCACCAGGAGGACAUUCUUCACAUUCUCUUCUUCCUCGGGAAUUUCGGGAAUCCCGGCAGUUGCUGCAGCAUCAAACUGCAGGAGGACGGUCGUCUUUCAACUCCCCCCCCCCCAUUCUCCACCACAAGCAUGAGUCUGUCACGCAACGGGACACUGGAGAAGACAUCGGAGCAGCCCCACUCUGAGCCCAGCUCCCCCUCCAGAGGGCCCGGCGGGGUGGUGCCCCCGCCAUACUCCACGGGCGGCAGCGAGGUCGCCGACGCUCCGCUGGAGUUGAGGGGCUCUCUGGACUGCUGGGCCUGCUCCGUGCUGGUCACGGCUCAGAAUCUCAUCAUCGCGCUCAUCAAUGGAAUGUUGGUGGGCGUCGUGUUUGGUAUCAUCCUCACGCCUGCGCUCGUCAUGAUCAUAUUCGGAUUCCUGUGUCACUCCACGGUGCAGCCUCACGGUACCUCCGUGUACUGUUCCGACCUGCUGGACGAUGCCGGCUGCGUGGCCCUGCUGGUGGUGGGCUUCCUGCUGCUCACGCCCCUGCUGGUCCUGGCGCUGGCGGCUUUCUGUCGCCUGGCUCGCCACCUCCAACUGGGCAUGUGCUUCAUUCCCUACAGCCGGGCCGUUUACAAGAACCUGCCCGCCGCCCGACGCAGAGGGUCCGGCGCGGGGGGCUGCUGCGGCCAGCAGGGGGCUUUAGAGAGGGAGAGGAAAGGCAGCGUUUGGGUGUAAGGAGAGAAGAGGAUUUUUAAGUAUUAUCAAUGAAGUGGGCGGUCCUUACUUCUCAAACUUUGUUUUUCUUCGUAGCCGCUGUAAAAACCUAUCCAACACUUCCAUCACUGGAAAUGAAUGUAAGCCAUUUUUGUAUUCCCUUUCUUUGUAUUUUGUAUUUUUCCAAUAAAACUUCACUUGGCAUCCAAGCCUUGCUUUUUCUAAACAAUUAAGCUCCGUGCAGACAAAACAAUGCAAACUAUGGACAGACCCACAAACAUGCCUAUUUUUCAUACUCUAAAAGGGUGUCCAAAACGUGUCCCGGGGGCCAUUUGUAGCCGGCGGCACAUACUAAAAACAUAAUUUAACAAGAAACCUAAAAAAAAAACAAACAACA